AGUCGCAGUGAACAAGCAAUAGAUGAUAAAAACCGUGCGCGUCGGUUAGCCUAUAUAUGAGGCUGACACCAAUACCAAUACACAGAAUGCAAAUGGUGCGCGCCUACACUACGAUGAAAAGUUGUAUUCGAACUUAUUGAACACCCUGAACGUAUAGCCUUGUAGUAGGAUUGAAUAAGGUACGAUCAACCUGCUAUGGACGUCUUAAGAUGUACAACAAUCAAAGCUCUUGAGCUAAAAUAUAGAUUUGACCUGUAAAAUUAAGGUCUCAAUAAUUUUGGAAUAACACAACAUAUGUUAAUUUGUCGUUAAUCAAAAAAAGAAUUUCAAAUUCAAAACUCAGUUGCUUAUCCCGUAAAGACAGUAACACAUACACCCGCGCCGCUUUAUACCAGACUAUUUGUCAAAACGAUAAACGCGUCACAAAUAUCCAUUGGCAAACAGUAGCGCGCUUUCGCUAUACCCGUCCACAUCAUGGAGACACUGCCAAAGCUGAAAAUAGUUAAACCAGUCGCCCAGGGUCCCCAGAACAUCUCCCCGAUUCCGGAGGGUUCCAGAUCGAACGUGUCCGCCUCACUUCCCCGCCAAUCAAGUAUUCUCUCCGCGCCGGAUGUAAUCUGUGGCGAUACCUUCCGUCCGGGUCUUAUGAUCGCAAUUCUCAGCUUCCAUUGGCUCACAUCGGUAGCAAUUUUGGUUGGUGGGAUCUUCUGGCUCGUGACGGCGCCAUCAAACGACGGCGAAGGUAGUCCGUGUCAGCUGUACUUCGUGAUGGUCUACAUCCGGAUGGUAUUCUGGUUUCUGACGUACGUCCAGCACGAGCUGAUCAAGCCACCCUGUCAGAAGCUGAUCAAUCAGAACUAUAAUCUCUAUCUGGACAUGACAUGCUACCGGAAGGCACCUCUUCAGAUCGUAUCCCUCUGGAACAUGGUACUCAUUGCGGUACAGGGUUACGUUCGAUCACUUUUCAAGAUGCAUGAACAUGGUGCGUCUAUCUGCAGCGGGGUGGGAUUUGAAGAGAUUACGAAGCUGGAGAUUUCACCCCAGAUGUUCAUUGUGCUGUUUUGCGGACUGGAAACGAUGACCCUGGCUUGCUUCUACAUCCCAGCGACAAAGCGCCUGAUGAAGACGAUGCAGCUGCUGGACGAGGACUCCCCGGACAGAACACUCUCCAACCAGGAGGACAUUUCAAUGUACAUGAAAUUGAAACGACAAGCGGAACAGGUCAAAAUGCUGACCGUGGCGAACAACAGACUGAGAAAGGAAGCAGUAGCACUCGGAGCGAUGGGUGAUGAUUAGCACAUACUUUAACGAUGUGGAAGUAUCAGGUCGAUGUCUGUGAAGUUUUUUUUGGCUGUUUGCGAAAAAUAAAAUUAAAUUUGUUUGUUUGAG